AUGUCAUUUCGCUUAAGGAGAUCCCUUCAUUCGAUUUGAUUUGUGCUGAUGGAAACUGUCAUGAUUGUCUCUACACUUUGAUAAAAGCUCGUUUCCUCAAAAUCUGAGCUGACAUACUGCACGUGUUCAUACAAAGCUAUUUGUGUUUUCUAUUCUACGUCUCCUCUUCAGGUUUAUGGAGAGCUGGAAUCUAUCCAAGUGGACUUUGGGCAAAAAGUGGACUACACCCACAACUGCCCAUGAUAGGAGGAAUUUGUCCCACUACAUCCUAAGCAGGGAACUCAUCUAUAAGCAGUAAAGUGCAUUUCACUUAUAGUUUGCAUAUUAAAAGUUGGAACACCAGCUCAUGUUGCUACAAUGGUGGAGGAAAAGUUCCCCUUUGCAGCACAUAAAGAAUCUUCCCGGAUGAUCUGCCUGCAGGUGAUGCCUUCAUAUAUGCUGGCUGGACUCGGCAUGGUGACGGCCGGCGUUCUGCUAGACCAAGUGCAGCACUGGGCGGUGUUUCAAGAGAUCUCAGAUGUUUUUAUCUUGGUUCCAGCCCUGGUAGGACUGAAAGGGAAUCUGGAGAUGACAUUGGCAUCCAGACUGUCAACAGCCGCCAACACUGGGCUGCUGGAGGAACCUCAGCAGCAGUGGAGGACAGUUUGCUGCAAUUUGGCUCUCAUCCAGGUCCAGGCCACCGUUGUGGGUUUCCUCGCUGCCGUGGCAGCAGUGAGUCUCGGGGCCGUGACAAGAGGUCGAGCGGAUGUUGUCCACGCCGCCAUCCUGUGUGCCAGCAGUGUCACCACAGCCUUCAUCGCUGCGCUGUCUCUCGGCCUGGUGAUGGUGGCAGUGAUCAUCGUGUCCAGGAGAGUGGGCGUCAACCCAGAUAACAUAGCCACGCCCAUCGCGGCCAGCCUGGGUGAUGUCAUCACCUUGUCCCUGCUUGCUGGGGUCGGCAGCUUCUUUCUCCGCUACAAAGACACGUGGCACCUGCCUCUUGCAGUGUGUGCCUUUUUCCUGCUUCUUGCGCCGGUGUGGGUCCUCAUCGCCCGCCGGUCCACAGCAAUCAGAAAAGUCCUGAGGUCAGGCUGGCAGCCAGUUCUUUUGGCCAUGUCGCUCAGCAGUGUCGGUGGUCUGAUUUUGGAUAAGACAGUGAGCAAUCCAAAUUAUGAGGGGAUGGCAGUGUUCACGCCAGUCAUCAAUGGUGUUGGAGGAAAUCUAGUGGCUAUCCAGGCCAGUAGGAUGUCUACCUUCCUUCACUAUUGGAGUGUUCCUGGAGCUCUGCCAUUCAAAAUCAGCACGGGCUGCCCUGGACCCUACGCUACUUUCUUUUCCUCAGACAUGAAUUCCAAAUCAGCCAGAGUGUUGGCCAUGCUCGUAGUCCCGGGUCAUCUCCUUUUCCUGUAUAUGAUCCAUCUUCUGCAGGCAGGUCACACGGCCAUGUCAGCUGCCUUCAUCCUUUGUUACCUGUCGGCCGCACUGCUUCAGGUGGUGAUUCUUCUGCAUGUAGCCAACCUGAUGGUGAGGUGGCUGUGGCAAAGGGGCUUGGACCCGGACAACUUCUCCAUCCCCUACCUGACAGCACUGGGUGACCUGCUGGGAACGGGUUUUCUAGCCCUAAGCUUCAGACUGAUUCACAAGACCGACUUGUGAAAGGAUUUGAUCAAUCCAACGUUCUGGGACCCGAACACCCAUGCAGGAAUUUAGAGUUUGUGUAAACUUAGUCACUCAGCACUUCCUACCGGCCGGUUAAUUAUGUUGUCAUGUAGGCUUGUGUUUAGCUAACUAAGCCCCUAGACACAGACUAGAAACUUAAAGUACUAAAGCUGUGUACUUGCUGACCUUAGCUUUGUAAGCUAACAUACUUAUAGAAAAAUAAUGCUGUGCAAAAGUAGAUCAAUGUUUGACAGCAAUGACUAAUGCAAGUAUAAAAAUGUCAAACAAAAUAUUCCCCUAGUACUUUAUAGUUUAUGUUAUAAGACAGUAUUAUUCCACCAAUGAAGCAUUUUAUACAUCCGCGUCAGUCGGGAGGUCAAAGAGUUGGUUUGGUUUUUCCGCCAAAAAUUUGAAUGAAUCCAAAUUUCUUGCUCAAGGGAAUGUUUGUUGAAGUUGAUGGAAUGUAACCAAAUGAGGUCAUUGCAUACUAGUUUGCAUAUUUUCCAGCUCACUGUGAACAGUAUUGAUGUAUAGUUUAUAGUUUUAGUAUCAUCUCAGUGGAAAUAUUAAGAUGACACAACCAACAAAUAUCAAUGAUGCGCUUUAGUGUUGUAAUUUUACAACUCUUGUCAGAUCUUGCAUUUAAUAGAGUAAUUAAAAUGUACUGUGCGGUAUUCAGCCUAUCAAUUUUUCCAACGUCCAAAAUGUACGUUUUCUACACUUGCUUAUGUCGAGACAGCGGGAAGAUUUAAGAGAUUUCUAUGAAGGGUUCCAAGAUGAAUGUCAUAAAAGAUUAUAUUGCAUAUUCUGGUGUUGUUGCAAUAUUUUAGCUCCAGAAGUGUUAUGCAAACGGUAGAUUGCGCUACUUUUUUCUCCGUGUCUAGAAUUGUACAUGUUUGUCAUGCUUGAGUGUUGCGGUCGCCAAUACUUAUUCCAAUAAAUGUUGUUGCUCGA